CUUUUCUUCUCUGCCUUCAUAAUUGAAGAUUGGAGGUGCAUUGAUGCGACCAUGCGACGCUUAUUUCUUUCCGUCCUCACAGUUCUCGUCGACGCGACAUACGCGGCCAGUCCUCAUGUAAUGACUUGGUCUUCUCAGGCCUACGGCCCAGACGGACCAUGGCAAGCGGUGAUGGUGGAGGUGGGCAGCAAUAAACAGCCUGUCGCGUUGUACCCAGGGGCCACUUACACCAGCACCAUUCUAACAGACUCCAUCUGCACCAACAAGACCGUCUCCUCGAUAUGCUAUGCCACGCAGGCCGGGACCUACAAUCAGACCGAGUCAACCUCGGCGUACCCUCUGAGCAGAAGCUCGUGGGAAACACUGUACUGGGCAGUGGAAGGAAAGGGUAUUGAAGGUGGCCUUGGAGAUCAGAUCUCGUUCGGUCCGACCGUCCCCAACGUCAGCAUUCAGGCCGUCUACCAGACCUACCAGACCUACCCCAAUGGCAAGGCAUAUCCGGUUCAAGUAGGCAAUCUGGCCCUGGGUGCGCCGUGGUCUACGGCGACCUUGGCCAACGUGACACUGAACAUCAUCACCGCGUGGCUCUACAACUCCGGAGGGGAUAACGCGAUCCCCUCGUAUUCGUACGGCAUGCACAUCGGCUCCGUCAACCCACCUAUUCCAGGCUCUUUGGUUCUAGGUGGAUACGAUCAAAGUCGGGUAUUAGGGGAUAUUAGCGCACAGUCGGUAAGUCUGAACACCAGCACGAGCGGCGCGCUGCAGAUUUCACUGAAGGACAUUGGACUCGGGGUCAUCGGGAAUGCCACAUCGCCAGGCUUCACCAGCAAGGAUGGCCUGUUCCAGCAGAGUAGCGGGGCACAAGCGGCCAAAAUGGUCACCAUCGAUCCCACCAAGCCUUACAUGUACCUACCGGAAGCAACCUGCAAUGCCAUCACAGCCUCCCUGCCGGUCUCUUUCAACCAAAGCCUAGGAUUGUACAUCUGGGACACGACCAGCCGCGACUACGCCAAUCUCACCACGUCCGCGACGUAUCUCUCCUUCGUGUUCAACCUGAACAGCAUCAACAACCAGAACGUGACCGUCAAGGUGCCCCUGGCGCAAUUGGCCUUGACUCUGCAGGCACCCCUCGUCGACCAGAACCAGACGUAUUUCCCCUGCUUCCUGUCGACCGACACGCCUGUUCUCGGCCGGGCUUUCCUGCAAUCGGCCUUCGUCGGCGUCAACUACCACGAAGGAGCCAACACCGGGACUUGGUUCCUCGCCCAGGCACCCGGCCCGUCACUGGGCGACGCAACCAUCACUCCCAUCAGCGUCACCUCCAAGUCUAUCUCAGGCGUCAACGCCUCGUGGGAGGAGAGCUGGGAUGAAUACUUCCAUCUCAACACCGCGGAUCCGCGGAGCUCCUCGAUCGCGAGCGGCGGUCUCUCGUCAGAGGCGAAAAUUGGCAUCGGGGUGGGAGUCGGUGUCGGCGGGGCGGUGGUCGUGGCCGCACUGGCCUUGUGGAUGGUGAUGCGGCAGCGCAAACGGCAAGCCCUUGCAGCACAGGAACAGAAGGCGGGAGUGGGCGGUUUUGUCGAGUUGCCAGCGAGGAUGGCUGAUGGUCCGCCGCGAGAGCUGGAGAUUCAGAAGCAUCUCGAAGCGCGGGAGCUGGUGGGGUCAGGGCCGCCGCGGUAUGAACUGGAAUAGGGUUCUGAUGUAUGCUUUGACACCCUGUUUGUGUUAUAAAU